UCCGUCGCUGCACACUCACCAUUAAGGGCGUUUGAGCGCAACAUCCGGGAACUGACAGUGCACUGCAUUUCACCGUGCUUCCCGGUGGAACGCAGUGUCACUGCGUAAUACGUACCCGGAACGCAAUUGGUUCAAUUGAGUUCUACGCAAUUGAGUUCUACGCAGAGCGCGUCCGGUCCAGUCGGCCUAUUUUUCGGCAGCCACGUGUUAGGCAUGUACAAUCUACGCCAUCCGUCGAUCUAUUUUAUGUGUUUUAUUCUAUUCAUUUAUGUAUGUUAACGUAACCGGAUAUGACGUUUACGUCUGCGCUACGUGUGUUCCGUAAGUUUUUACGUAAUUUGCUACGUAUCCGAUCAAUAACGCUGAUACCAGCCUGAAUUUUACUCGGUAUCAGAUCGGAAACGAAAUCAGUGGUAUUGCCCAUCACCAGCGGUAACUCUUCUUUUUGAGGGCUAGCUCCAACUAGCAGGUAAAGUCCACUGCCCCCUGUAGCCCAACCCAUGAAUCACAGCUCACAUCCAUAUACAAUAGUACAUGUACAAUACUCACGUCACACUACUAUUCACUAUAAAUGAUUAUAACACAAUACGAAUAUGAACGUAUUCCUCACUCCUUCACAGCUUUUGUGGUUCCUAAAAUUGUGAUUCGAUAAAAAAAAAAAUUAAGCUGUGAAUGCUAUUUUUCAAACGCUAUUAAAAGAUCCACCAACAGGGCGCUGCACAUUGGCUCUGAGUUCAUUGAGUUUUUUUGACGCACUCACUGAAGUGAAUCGGGUACUUGAUUACUCGAGUCACCCGUCACAUAUCGCAUGUGCAGAAACACGCACACGAGUAACCAGUUGUGAAUCAGGUACUCGAUUCCCAAUUUGAGAAUCGGGUCCCACAGAGCGACUCAGCGAUUAAGUGAAAAACUCGAGAGAUUUGAACGACUCGUUCAAUACUCGCACAUCUCUACAGUUAGCUUACACGUUGGUCUAGUCAGAGGUGUGCGUGAAGCUGAAGAAUGUGUGUGCGCGCGCGCGUGGAAGGAAGGUUUCUCGAGGAGCUUUCCAGUCCACGGUGAGGAACAUCCUCCUCGUCAUUCAAUGGAGUCUUCUCUGGAGUUGUCAAGCUCUUUGGGCAGCGUGUCGUCGCUGCUGGUCCGCCAUCGGACUUUUAAAGUGUUGCUCAUCGGGGACUCAGCGGUGGGGAAGACCUGCCUCACACACCGGCUGUGUGCCGGUGACUUCCCCUGCGGCGCGGAGGCCACCAUCGGGGUGGACUUCCGAGAAAGAGUCCUGGACGUGGACGGAGAGAAGAUCAAGCUCCAGCUGUGGGACACGGCGGGACAGGAGCGCUUCCGCAAGUCCAUGGUGCAGCACUUUUACCGUAACGUGCACGCGGUUCUCUUUGUGUACGACAUCAGCUGCCGCGCCAGCUUCAGCAGCCUCUCUGCCUGGGUAGAAGAGUGCAGGCAGAACUCCCUUGGACAGGACGUCCCCAGGUUCCUGGUGGGGAACAAGAGCGACCUCCGUGACGUCACCGAUUCUGAUGAGCAAGUCAGCCAGGAGCAGGCGCUGCGCUUUGCCAGGGCUCAUCACAUGAUGUUUUUUGAGACGUCCGCCAAAAAGGCAGCGGACAAACACCCCAACGGGCCACGAGGAGCUGGGGAGUUUCCUCACUGGUGCGAUACGGUGGAGGACAUCGUCAACGCCGUCGGUGCCAGACUGAAGAGACAGAAGAAAGCUGGCGCAGCAAACAUGGCCACCUACAGCGGCUCUUUUAAGCUGUUGAACAAAAACAGAGAAGAGAAAGAAGUCUGGACCUGCUGCUGAAAAACAACAAAAGGAUGGUGAAAGACUCAUAUUUUGGGUCACGUUCCCGCUAAUAACUGUGCAUGUAUUGUGUGUAUUCCUGCUGUUUAUACUGCUUAUACAAUAAAACAAUGUGAAGGUAGAGAUCAUUUGUUUACCAGUCACUCAUUCAGACGAGAGAAGUGCAACCUUGUUUAUGCUAGUCAAAGAUCCUCAAAAU